ACGCAGUAUUCAAAUGGACGCAGUCAGGUAAACAUGGCUAAUCAGGCACCAACACCGAUACAGAGUUCAAUACCUUUUGAUUUAGAAAGAAGAAUAAGUGAACUAGAAUAUUCGUCACAUACAGGUCCACCAGAUGACUUGGACGACAACAGGAAAAGAUGGCUCGUGGUUGGAAUUUGUUUGCACAGUAUAUUAUCGCCAGCUUUGAGAAAAUAUGUGGACCCCGUUGUUACUAGCCUUUACAGCUCGCUAAAGAUAACUUAUCAGAUCGACUUACAAACACAAACAACACAUUUACGGACAUAUGGCGCAGCGAAUAUCUACCUCAAUUAUGAGGCUAUCAAUAACAACAAGGCAACCCAUGGUUAUCGUUCAGUUCUGUGGGAUUACAAAGUACAUAAUGCUGUAAAUCUGUCAAAGUUAUUCCUACCGACACACAUGGCACAUUACACAGCAUUUGAUGGAUCGUGUGAUUCAUCAGCUCUCCUUGGAAUGAUCGACAGGAUAGACAAGUUUCCUGGAAACGUGCAGAUAGCUGCAAGGAAUGUUAGGGCAGCUGUACGAAAUCCCUGGGCUCAUUGUAAUUUUAUAGAGUGGGAUUCAAUGAAGUACAAUUCGUCACUACAACAGAUUGAAGAUUUUAUCUAUCUUCUUAACUUAAAUGCAGCUGAAGAGAGUCAAUUCAUCGCCGAACUAAACAAAUGGAAGACAAAUGGUACAAGUUUUUUCCAAGGUUCAACAAUCGGUCUUGAAUUAGUCGAUGAAAUCCGACAGCAGAUACAAAUAUUAGUGAAAUAUGCGGAUGUUAUAUGCAAAUCAGCAGAUGCAGAGUUUUCAAGAGUAUAUGCAGAGCUCAGAGAAAUUGGAAACACAUUAAGUCAGACUGAUAAAAGAAUCUCAACUCUUGAAAAUACAUUAGCAAUACAAGGGAAAACACUUUUUGAAGAUGGAUCCUUAAAUGACGCCGAUAUACCCGAAAUGGAACUAUGGAAGCUGAAAAGUAAACUAUUUGUUGAAACAGACGUAGUCACAGAUAUUUUUAGAAUUCUGGAAACCCACAAUUGCUUACUUUUAACAGGAGUAUCUGGAAUGGGAAAGACCCUGACUGCACAGCAUAUAGCGUUCAAAUUAUUCGACGAAAAAGCGUAUAGUAUAGAGCCUUGCAUUAGUGUUAAAGAUAUCAAGAGGCGAUACAAGCAAAAUGUUGGUCAGGUAUUUUUUGUGGAUGAUAUAUGUGGAAAAUAUACAGCAAAUAUCAAUGAUAUUGAAAACUGGCUAAAAAUGGUGGAGUUUGUCAAAUGUAUUCUUGUAAAAGGCAAGACAAAAAUUUUAGCCACUUGUCGUACUGAAGUGUUUAAUGAAGAAUCUUUCAAAGAUGCAUUCGAUUUAUUCAAAAACGAUAUUUACGAAUUAACUGUAAAGUAUUCAUUUCAAGAUAAAAUAAAAAUAGCCAGUAAAUACAUGAAAAAGGAUGAUAAAAUAAUAACAGAUAUUUUAGGAAAUGUUGAAUUCUCCCCUAUAAUGUGCUUCCUGUACGCUCAGCAUGACAAGUUUGAGAUCAAUGAGUUCUUAAACAGUCCAUAUGAAAUAUUUCGAACGGAAUGGAACCAACUGAAAUCUUUCGACAAAGAAAAAUUAUGUGUAUUGUUAUUUUGCGUUAUAUAUAACGGCACCAUUAAUGAAGCCAUUUUUGAUAUUUCAAACGAUUUAAACUCAGUUGAAAAAAAGAAAUUAAAAGACAUUUUUGAAUUUUGCAAAUUAGGUCGUGACACCCCUCGGUCUUUAAUUACAGCCAAACUGAAUGCUUGUGUGGAUACUUACUUUAUCAAAGUAGGCAAAGAAUACAAAGUAAUACACGAUAAAAUGUUUGACUUUCUAUGCUUUUAUUUUAGUAAAGCAUUAAUCGCACCUAUUCUCAAAUAUGCAGAUGAUAAAUUAAUAUCUGAACGUGUACAACUUAAUUCAAUACAAAAAGCACAUGCUGAGUUUACAAUUAUCGUUUCUUCGACUGAUGAGCAGAAAUACAUAGAUAGAGUCAAAAUGGACCUUAAAAAUGGAAAAAUACAUUGGUGUUUGAACAAUGUGCAAAUGAGAUACAAAGAGUACAGAGAAAAGUUGUUAGAUGUUAUGAAAAAUUUAGAUGAUGACGUUAAAAGAAGAUGUAUUGAUAUCAAGGAUGAAAAUGGGAUUAACGCCUUUAUCAUUUCGUGUAUGCGUGGUUAUGAAGAACUUAUUGAUAUUUUUAUUUCUGUGGGGGCUGAUGUUAAUGCACAAAAUGGAUGGUUCACACCAUUGACAGCUGCGUGUCGAGAAGGACACUUACGCAUGGUCGAAAUCCUACUGCAUAAAGGAUCGAACAUAAACCAAACUAAUAAAAAUGGCGAGACACCAAUUUAUACUGCAUGUUUUGGUGGGCAUUACAGUUUAGCUAAACUGCUAAUAGAGAAACAUGCUGAUAUCAACAAAAGAAAUAGAUAUCAUCGCAAACCCUUGUACGUUUGUUGUUUGAGUGGUCAUGAAAGCAUAGUACAACUUUUGAUCGAUAAAGGAGCAAAUGUUAACGAAAGCAGCGAUUCACUCAACGUUGCAAUCCAUGGCAACCAUGAUAAAAUAGUUGAAAAACUUAUUUCAAACGGAUAUUGUUUAAAUAGUGUCGAUAUAAAAAGUAAAACCGCUUUAUUCAUUGCCUGCGAAAUAGGCAAUACUACGAUAACAAAGUUGCUUAUUGAUAAUAAUGCUGACAUUUAUAAAGUCGAUGGUGAUGGUAGAACGCCACUUCAUGCCGCCUGUUGCGUUGGGAACAAUGAUAUAGUCAGAAUGUUGAUUAACAAAAAUGCAGACGUUAACAUGCGUGAUGUAGAUUUAGAAACACCUUUGCACAAAUCCUGUAGGAAAGGUUCCGUAGACGUAAUACUAACUCUAUUGGAUAAUGGUGCAGAUACUACAAAUACAAAUAAAGACGUGCACACACCUGUUCAUUUGGCGAAAACAGAGGGUAACAUUGUUAAUGAAAGCAUUUUGAAAGCUUUAGGGGAAAAUGAAGUAGGACCAAAUCAAGUUUCAAGUAUGGCAGUAAGCAAAAACGAUAAAUGUAAGAUUCAAAUCACGGCAUGUACAAGCAAUUCUGUAGCGGAUGGAUGGACUCCUUUAUAUGAGGCAUGUGUACUUGGAGACAUAGAAACUUUCCAAUGGCUUAUUAGAUAUGGGGCAGCUGUAAACAUGCAAACGAUCUCCGGUGAAAUGCCCUUGAUUGCCGCUUGUCAACAUGGUCAUGGUUUCCUAAUACAAACGUUACUAGACGAGAGAGCACAUAUUAAUCAAGCGCUAGUUUGUGCUGUUCAAAAAGAUUAUGAUAGAGCGGUUAAAAUUCUUUUAUAUAAAGGGGGAGAUAUAGGUUAUAAAAGUGAUGAUGGGAAAUCGCUCAUAAAACUGGCAUGUGAACAUGGUUCAAUUAAGGCAAUCAAAAUUUUGUCAGAAAAAGGUGCAGAUUUUACAGAAAUAGAUGUAAAUGGGAGGACAUUGAUACACGUUGCCUGCAAUACAGAUAGCGUUGAAUUACUCCAGUUUCUAAUAGAUAAGGGUUUAGAUCUUGGCAUACCUGACAAAAAUGGAAGAUAUGCGCUUUUUGUGUCAAUAUAUAACGGGUUUUAUAAUUUAUCAAAAUAUUUAGUUCAAAAAAGUUGUCCUAUAACGAUAUCAGAGGAGGACACAAAAACAUUUAUUAUAUCCGUUUUUGAGAGUGAAAAUAGGGAAAUGUCAAAAUUGCUUGUAUCCAACGGUUACACAGAUAAAUUAUCACACUUUAAUGAAACUAUGUUAUAUCAUGCGUAUAAGUUAGGUAUAUAUGAAAAUGUUGAGAUACUCCGUAAAUAUGGGGCAAAUAUCAAGGACACAUAUAAAUAUGGAUACACUCCUGUGAUAUUAGCAGACAUUGGCGGAAAUGAUAUGCUAUCGGAGAAUCUACAAAAUGCAAUCUGCAGCACCGCGUUUAUAAGAGAUAAUUUCUUUUUAAACAAAAGUAUCGGAAUAAUAUAUAAUUCAGACAGAGAAGUUGAUGGCAAGUUUAAAAAUGAUCGUAUUCGAAAAAGAUAUGAUCAUGAUACUGAAACUGAAAGUAGUUGGAAAUUGCAGCAGUAUGAAGACCUGUUUCAUGCAUGUAUGUUUGGAAUCAUAGAACCGCACUUUCGUGGAAUGCUCCAAGAAAUGCAGAUUGAUAUUUUCUUCCAACCGAGAGAUCAAUGUGUAUCUAUUUGGUUUGAACAAACCCCCUUGUGUUUAGCAAUAAGGAGGGGACAUACGGAAGUAGUCAAAUUCCUUUUAAGACAUGGCGUAAAUGUAAACCUGACUUUCGAAGAAUGGAGAACUAAGAGUGAUGUCUCCUUAUCCACGACUAUUCGAUACGGUUAUACUCCAUUGUUUGCAGCUUGUCAAAGAAAAUAUUAUGAAAUAGUUGAUUUGCUUAUAGAGAGAGGAGCCAAUUUAAACAAAGCGUUAUACGACGCAUGCAGAGAAGGUUGUUUGGACACUGUUCAAUUUCUUUUACAAAAAGGAGCGAAUGUUAAUUCAAUUACCCGGUAUGGUCAGACAGCUUUAUAUGGUGCGUGUAAAGGUGGAUACUCUACCUUAGUAAAAUUCCUGAUAGAUCAAGGAUCUGUUGUUGAUACAAAAGUUCAAAAAACAGAUAUUUCAGACGAAAUAACAUGCCUUCAUGCUGCAUAUGUGUGUGGCAAUCAUGAUAUAGUACAACUUUUAAUAAAUAGAGGUGCUUCUGUUGAUUCAGUUGGUAAUUUUGGCCGGACUUUGCUACAUAAAGCGAGUAGUGACGGAAACGACAAAAUUGUUAAAAUACUAAUUGAUAAAGGGGUUGAUAUAAAUGCCUCUGACUCGUACGGCUCUACACCUCUCAUAGCGUGUGUUUUGCAAAAUAUUGAGGAUAAUCAUAGGGAAUACGUAUUACAAAAUAUUGAGGAUAAUCAUGAGAAAUACUAUUUAUAUCGUCACAUGCAAAACUUUCAUUUAUUCGAUUAUCUACAUGAAGAUUAUCCGUAUCAACUAUUAACAAAUGGUAUUCAUUGUGAAUUAGAAUUUAAACAUCCUUCCGAAAAUCACUAUAAAAUCAUGCAGCUGCUUAUUGAAAAUGGGGCCGAUAUCAACAAGGCUGAUAAGAGAGACAGAACACCAUUGUCUUUAUCUAUGAAGAUCGGGGAUAUGAAAUUGACUGAAAUGUUGUUACCUAAAAAGCUGUUACCGAUUGAAGAGAAAAAUGUGCAGGAGUGGAACCAGGUUUCUAGAAAAAGGAGGAGGCGUAAUUCCAAAAAAGAUAAACAUUAGUGACAUUAAACGUGAUUUUUUGUUCAAAAUGAUAUAUUUUGCAUUUGGGGAAAUGGGGAGGGGGUAGAGUAAAUCAAUGUAAAUUAUAUUCAUGUGUUUUUCAAUGAAUAUAUUUCAUGUCUUCCAAGAAAAAGAAGGUAAUUGUCUGGGUGUUGCUUAUUCAAAACCUACCUUUAUCAGAAAAAUUCAAAGUUAAAUAAGCAGAAUUAUCAGCUAGCUUAUCACUGGUUUCCCAUAUGACAAAACAAAUUGUAGAUCUGGAUAUAACUAUUUUGGGAAUGUUAAUUAUAAGUAAGGACAUUAUAUGAUGUACACAAUAUUGAUUUUUAUGUACAAGUUUGUUUCAGUACUCUUAUACUGAUAUAGGUAUGCCAAUAUUCUUCUUACAGGUUUUGGGUUUGAAAAAGAAAAUGUUAAUAGUAAUGCAUGUCACAAUAUAUAAGAAUGAGACGUUAAACCUAUAGCUAUUUCAAGAACACAAUCUGCUAGAUUGAACAUAUGUAAAAUAGUUUUAAAUAAGGUGAAUCGAAAGCCCCAUGUAUGAAUAAUUUUGGUUGUUAAUUUUGGUUUAAGAAAGAUAUUUUUCUUAUAAUCGACUAUAUAUGGUGGAAAAUAACAGAUUUUAUUUUUAAUUUACUUAAGGAUAUACAUUUAUCUUUUAUAUAUAACCCACUAUUUGUUUCGUCAUACUCCAAAAAAGAUAAGGAUAUAUUGAACAAGAUAUAAUUAGUUACAUGAUGUGCUAGUGACCUAAACCGAUAUAUAUGGUAAACUUUGUAACUAAUUUAUCUUACCUACUAUCUUAACAUGUGGGAUUUAGAACAGUGGCCUCCCUACUUUUUUAGGAUUGAAAAUAAUUAGCGGGCGUAGGUAGGAGAUAAUUUUGACGAAGUAGAAUCCUGAUUGUUUGUAUUUAGAUAUAUAAUUGGAAGUUUGCUGCAUAUCAUGAAUGCAUUCUGGAUAUACAAUAUAGUUUAUUGUAUACGAAUAGAAUAUAGCAUACGAUCAUGUAACAUUGUACAUAACUUAUACCAGUAUUUAUAUUUAUAUUUUUAGUAUGAGGGUUCAAUUGACUGUGAUAUUGAUAAAUGUUAUAAGCAUAAUUAUGCUAUUGUUAUCGCAGGGUUAUUUUUCUUAAAUUUAUUUGUUAAUGUAAUAAAAAAAGAUGUCAAGAA